UGCAUCACUUCUUUGUAAAAUCAGACUAUGUUUGACAUUUAAGACCAGGAACAUUAUUGGGGGAAGUUAUACUCAUUGUAUUAAGGUAAAUGAUGGAGCUAGCAUUUUUUUAGGUGUCCAAAGGUUAGGAUAUUUCUCUCUACCUCUCUGGUAUAGUUUCAGUUCUUGUUCUAUUACUUGUAAUCCUUCCGACUUCAUACAAAUACCGCUGGAGUGCCCCUUUAAGAUAUGGUCCACUGAAGAACGAUUUUAUAAAGAAAUGUCAUGGUGCAUCCUGUCCGUUAUACGAUUCUGUCGUAAUCAUUAUUUCGGUGCCUUCUUUUCAACAUAUCCCGUCCGUCUUGCUUCAGCUCAGCGGGCUACGUGCCUUUUCUCUAAUGAAGAUGGAAGGGGAGGGGUUGCGAACGCCACGGAGAUGUGCGCCCCGCAGGCUUUUACAGGCAUCUCAUUCAGAGAGAAACCAGCGGCAUCGGCACCGGCAUCGGCGGCUCUUCGCGAUGUGACACCCGCAGCAGUGUGGCUCACUCCUCUGAUGUGCAACACCCAGGCCGUUUUCUGUGCUUUGUUUUUUUAAUUUUUAUUUUAAACCCCACCGUUUACAUUUAUGCAUCAGUUUAGGGAGUCUGCUCGGAGCCGUGUGUUUUUAGAAUGCGUCCGGGAGCGCGCAACCCUCCUCUCGAUGCUGUGCAGACCUCUCUGUGCCUGGUAGCUCUCCUCCACUUUGUCCAGGCUGCUGCUCUAUAUGAAGGCGGUGUUUACAGUGCGAAGAGCAUCCUUGAGCACGUACAGAGUUAUGAGAUUACUUAUCCGGUAUGGCAGCAUCCUCUCAGACACAAGAGGUCUGCCAACAAAGAGCAUCCUGCAGAGGCAGAGGUCCUGAUCUCAGCUGAGGGCCAGGAGCUCAGACUACAUUUGGAGAAGAAUGAGCAACUUUUGGCUCCUGGAUAUCAGGAAAUAUGGUACACCCCCGACGGAGCUCGCAAGACCUCAUCCCCUGGCAACGCUGGACACUGUUUCUACCACGGCGAGGUUCUGGGCGUGGAAGGUUCCAGCGUUGCAGUCAGCACUUGCUCAGGACUCAGGGGACUAAUUUCUCUAAACACAAGCGUCAGCUACCUGAUCGAGCCCCUUCCUGUUACCACGGAUGCUCAGCGGCACGCCGUGUUCAGAGCCGAGAGCCUCCGUCUGCCCGGGGGUAGCUGCCUGCAUCACCAUGGCAACGAGGACCAGGAGGGCGGGCUUAAUGAGUUCAUCCACGGAAUGAUGUCACCACAGAGCGUGAGGGUGAAAAGGGAAAUGAGUCCGAAUAUGAAGUAUGUAGAGCUUCUCUUAGUGGCAGAUAAAGCUGAGUAUGAGAGGCAUGAUAGUAGCCUCGAGAAGACCACAAAGAAACUAAAGGAAGCGGCCAACCUCGUUGACAAGUACUAUAAGGCUUUGAAGAUCCGUGUGACUUUAAUCGGCCUAGAGGUGUGGACCGACGGGGACAAGAUCUCUGUGUCCGAUAACCCACAUAGCACUCUGGCAGCAUUCCUGUCCUGGAGACGUAAACAGCUCCGCACUCUCCCCAACGACAACGCUCAGUUCAUCACGGGGAUGCCAUUCCAGGGGACUACCAUCGGGCUAGCACCUCUCAAAGCCAUGUGCUCCGACUACCAAUCAGGGGGAGUUAACACGGACCACUCAGAGAUCGCAGUCGGUGUAGCCGCCACCAUGGCCCACGAGAUGGGCCACAACUUCGGCAUGAGUCAUGACAUCGCAGGCUGCUGCCAGGCGAAAGCUGAAGACGGAGGUUGCAUCAUGGCCGCUGCCACUGGGCAUCCAUUUCCACGUGUGUUUAACGACUGUAACCUGAAGGAGCUGAAGCGCUACCUGAACUCUGGAGGAGGGAAGUGCCUCUUCAACUUGCCAAACACCAAAGUGAUGUACGGAGGGCCGCAGUGCGGUAACGGGUUCUUGGAGGAAGGAGAACAGUGUGACUGUGGAGAAGAAGAGGAGUGCACCAGUCCCUGCUGUAAUGCCAGCAAUUGCACCCUGAAAGCCGGAGCCGAGUGCGCCCACGGAGUCUGCUGUCAUAACUGCAAGCUGAAGAGCCCAGGCGAUCUGUGCCGUUCUCCAUCUGGACCAUGUGACCUCCCGGAGUACUGCGAUGGAAAAACAGAGUCUUGCCCUGCUAAUUUUUAUUUAGUGGACGGUACAUCGUGCUCCAACGGGCAAGCCUACUGUUACACCGGCAUGUGUCUGACCCUGGAGGGGCAGUGUCAAUCCCUAUGGGGGCGAGGUGGUGACGCGGCGCCUGACCUGUGUUUUAAGAAGGUGAACGUAGCCGGGGACAUGUAUGGCAACUGUGGCAGAGAUCUGCUUGGGAAAUACAGGAGCUGUGGGGACAGGGAUGCCAAAUGUGGGAAGAUCCAGUGCACAGCCUCAGCUUCCAAGCCCAUUGAGAACAACGCUGUAUGCAUAGAAACCAAUGUCAUUUUGGGCAACAAGAGAAUUCGGUGUUUGGGAACACACGUGUACAAGCUUGGGGACGAGGACCUGCAGGGGGACACUCUGGACCCUGGACUGGUCAUGACAGGCACCAAGUGUGGUGAUGACUCGAUAUGCUUCAACGGAGAGUGCCGCAAUGCAUCUUUUCUCAGAGCCGAUGAGUGCAACGCCAAGUGCCACGGACAUGGGCUAUGCAACAACAACCAGAACUGCCACUGUGAUCCAGGCUGGGCACCACCUCUGUGUGACCAGAGGGGGUCAGGGGGCAGCCUGGACAGUGGACCUGUCAUCAGCCACAUUAAUCUUCUUCCAGUCCUGCUUGUUCUCCCCCUGGCUCUCUUUCUGGGUUUGGCUGCUGUUGGACUCUGGUGCCGCUACAAACAUAAACUCCGCCCACUGAAAACGUCCACUUCACCAACAGUGCCAAAUUUUCCAGCCUCAGCUGAGGUGAAAUCUCCACCUGCCAACGUCAGCGGUCAUUCCAACCCAACCUUCAUGCUAAAGAAUAAGGACUUGGAGAAACCCUCUCCUCGUCCGAGCCCGUCUUGCCCAGCUCGGCCCAGACAUGCUGGUGUGCGUCCCGCAGUGAAGCCUCCUCCGAUACCAGCCUACGCCGCAGGGCAGAGAGAGCAGAGGCAGCAGCCUCAGAUCCAGCCUGUGGCUUCUCCUCAGAAGCAAAACCCUCCUCAGGAUUACACUGCCUCUCCUUUUAAAUCUGCCCAGCUCACUGCGCUCAGACCGAAACCGACUUGUCCACCACAUUCAUGGCCUCCACCUUUACCAUCCCUGGAUUCCAAAGAUCGGUCACAGCCCUCUGCAAUACCGAAACACCGACCGGACCCCCCAAACAGACCUCCACCUCCUUGUCCUGUCAAAAAAACAUCAGUGGAACAAAAUCAUGUGAAAGGCCUGCAGAAAGGACAAGCUGCUCUGGCUCCAUCUGCUGGACAGAAAAAGCCAAACAGAGUCUGAACUAAGAGCUCAGGGAGGCGAUGGGGACCACCACUUACAUCCAGGAAUGGACUGCCUCAAACUCUUUUUUGCAGCUAGCUAUAGCAUACUGGCACUGUGGGAUGAGAUAAAUACUUGAAACUUUAUUUACACUGAUGUGUAUUGAAGGGAAAUGAGAUUAUUACAGGAGGUUACACACACACACACACACUGUAUGCUUUAAGUUUACACUUUAGUUUACGGUCUGUCCUGAGUGUGUCUGCUUAAUUUGCCUGAAACACCUAGAGCUGUGGAUUUAAGUGCUUUUUAUUUUGUUGUCCCAGAUGUUGAUGGAAAUGUGAAAAUUUUCCGGGAGUAUUUAUUCGCAAAGAGAAAUGAAUGUUUACAGUGCAGCCUAUGUAACAAACAUGGUGCCUCUUAAGCCACCCAGCGAUAAGGGGAUAUCUUAUAUUAAGAAGAGACGCCAAUACUGAAGUUCUUGUGCUUCUUGUAUGUGAAUAAUAAUGGGUUGUAACUGGACUAAAGAGAACCAGUGAAAUACCUACAUGCAUGCUGUAAGUACACGCUUAUGUUGAGGGAUACUUGUCUAAGAUGUAGCAGGAAUUAUGAGGGAUUUUUCAAUUUACGAUAUUUGUUUUUUAUUAUUUUUUAUAUUGUUAUAGUGUUGCACUAACAAUCAUAGUGUUAAACACUCCCUUAAGACUCAUAUCCUUACCAAGGUUACCAACCGGUAACAUUCACCUUUCAAUCCUACAAAACAAUAAUAUUAAGGGAGUUUUUAAACUUUCUUUUUCCGGUCAGUAAAUAUCAGUGAAGAACCUUCCCUCAGAUAAUUUCAGAUUAUCAGCAAAAGAUGAGCCAUAUUUUUUGUUUUCACCCUGCGCUACUCCUCUGUUUGUGAGAAAGCUGUGUUAUAGAACUGCAGGCUAUGUAACAGUGAUGCAUUUGGGAUUGUUAUGAGGUACUUCUAACUAUUGGGAUCCAUUUCGACUGCCGGGAGAACUGUAGUAUGUAACCAGCUUCCACGUUCCACCUUAUUACCAAACCUAUGCAAACACAGGGAAUGUGCAACCCUGCGUCUGAAACUGGAAUUCAAAUGAAGAGAGAAAAAUAAAAGUUACACUUUCUAAUUGA